AUGGCUACAAUGACAACCACGGCCGAGAUACACACAUGCUAUACUUCGACGACCACGAACGUGUCACAUGCACCGACGGCCAUGGAUGAGCUCCACAUCAGGUACUCCUCGUCCAUGACCAAUGCCUCAAACACGUUGCGCAAGAAAAGUCGGAGCCCAUUCCAACGGGUGGUUGAUCGUGUUCGCCUCGAGUACUAUCGAUAUGAAGUCACUUUUGGUCUCUAUGUCAUGACCCCGACUGAGAAGUGUGUCGCUAAUACAUUUGUACUGGUCGUCUUUUCACUCUUACUGUGGGCGCUAUUGCUAUACUUCCCGAUCCUGCUUUUCCACAAGCUCACCCGCGCAGUAUGGCUGGUGACAGGCCACAGUGACGAGGCCAACGCCACACUAAGGAUGAUAGACAUGCAUGGAGAUCCGAUUUCGACCACCUCCGCCACCGAGGCCAUCCUACCCUCGUGGUCACUGUGA